UUGCCUCCUCACCGUGACAGUGUAGAAAAGUUUCAGAUAAGGAGUUCAGAUCAGAGUUUAUUCAUUAUUAACUGUGUAGAGUUUCAGAGUUCAGAUCUCAGUGUGCAGUGUAACAGAGCGGAUCUUUAGUUCUGGGUUUGAAUAUUAUCAUUAAUAAUGAGUGUUAAUUUCAGUCAGUGUAAUUCAGUGUUAAUCACUGGAGGGAACAGAGGACUGGGACUCCAAAUCAUCAAACAUCUAGUGAGCAUCACUGACAGACCCAAAAAAAUCAUCUCAACCGCCCGAAACCCUGCAGCAGCUCAGGAGCUGCAGAAACUCGCUCAGUCUCAUUCUGAGGUUUAUAUUUUACCUUUAGACGUCGUUAACGAGGCGAGUAUCGAAGCUGCUGUAAAGGAAGUGGCGUCCAUCGUGGGUCCGGCGGGGCUGACCUGUCUGAUCAACAACGCAGGAAUGGCCAUUCAUGAUGACAUAAACACUAUGACGCGUGACAACAUGCUAACCACGUUCCAGUGUAACGCGGCCGCUCCGCUCUUCAUCACUAAGGCGUUCUUGCCGCUGUUGCGAGCGGCUGCAGCAUCAGUCGGUGGUGGCAGCAAGAUGGGGGUGCACCGAUCCGCCGUCAUCAACAUGUCCUCCACCCUCGGCUCCAUCCAGGAGAACAGCGGUGGAGGAGAGUUUGCCCAGUUUAGAGUCUGCUCAUACCGAGUGUCCAAGACGGCCCUGAACUCUGGGACGAGGUGUUUAGCGAUCGAGCUGCAGUCGGACGGGAUCCUGUGUGUGGCCGUUCAUCCCGGCUGGGUGAGCACCGAUAUGGGAGGAGAGCAGGCACACUUGAGUCCGGAGGAGAGCAUCUCGUCCCUGCUGGCUGUCAUCUCCAAAAUGAGUGAGAAGGAUCACGGGGAAUUUUUGGAUUAUAAAGGGGAUCGGGUCGCCUGGUGAAUUUUAAGGACAGUGGGUGGAUGAAGGAAUCGGCCACACAGGUUAUGAUUAUUCAGUUAUCCUGGAAAUAAUUCAAAAUAUCUGUGUGUUGGGUUUAAUAGCUUAGAUAGUCUAAUCAUUGUUUACCUUCGGGAUCAAUAAAGUAUAUAUAUAUCUAUCUAUCUAAAAUCAUUUAUGCAUGUUAAUUAUUACGCCGUGAUACUUUUGCUUUUAAUACCACUAAAGAAAAGCAAGAUUUGGCACAGAAGCCGUAUCGUUGUUUACAGUGUGUGACGAGGUUUACUCAGCAAAUUAAUCUCCAGCAGCACCAGCGCAUUCACACAGCAGAAAAGACUUAUUACUGUUUACAGUGUGGAAAUAGUUUUACAUUUUAAGUACAUUCAAAAGACAACUGCAGCAAGGAGCAGCCAUUAACUCAUGAUGUGGACGUGCUACGAGAACUUUGAUUUGUUUUUAAACUAUAAUCCCCCCUCCAUGGAACUGUUAAUCUCUGCCUGUUCCAAGAUCAACAUUCUGACUGAAUAAACCAGAGACGUGGAAACAGGAAUGAAGUAACUGGAGACGAUCUUCAGAUGGAAAGAUGUGUCUCUCUAAACAAAGAUCAGAAUCGUCCUGACUGGAAUCUCCUCUGAGAAAGAAAGAAAAAGUAGAAGAAGAAUGUUAUUAAAUGUAAUAUUAUUAGUGCUGGUUAUUUUAAUGGUUUAUAUGUACCAAAUGAGAAAAUUCCCCAGUUAUUAUUUUUCAAAUCUGAUCAUCUUUCUGUAAACUGUCUUAUUAUUUUAUUCUGUAACAAUAAAAAAACUGUUUAUGUGUUCGUGUAACAGAAAUAAAAGCAGCAGCGUUUUAAUAAAGAUAUGAAAUAAGAA